AUAAACCAACAAAAUCCUACAUCUGUGCUUGACAAUUUACUAUGUUUUUUAUCAUUUGAAAUUAAAAAUUAUAACCAGGACUGAAAGUUGUUUUCCUUUUCUAAAUUUAGAAUGUAGUUUAGGGUCCAACAAACUUUAGGUUUUUAAUGAAAAAGAUGCAGCUAUUAAUUAUACUGAGUUCCAUUUUGGUACUCACACAUGCCCAAGUACCUUUCCUCGGGCCAUGUCCAGAAAUGAAAACUAUGGAGAAUUUUGACGUUUCUCAGUACAUGGGUAAGUGGUACGAAGCCGAAAGAUAUUUUGAUAUUUCUGAAUUCGGGGGAAGAUGUGUAAACAGUAACUAUACAGAUGGAGCCAAUGUGUCGAUCAAAUUGAUUCACCAACAGACAAGUUCACUAACAGGAACUGUUUCAAAGGUUCAAGGUGAAGUUAUAAAAGCAGAAAAAACAUACUUUCCAGCAAAAAUGGUUAUUAAAUUUCCAUACCUUCCUGGCGAUGCUCCUUAUUGGGUUUUGGAUACUGACUAUGUCAACUAUUCUGUGGUGUGGUCCUGCAGUGAUUUUGGAAUUUUAAGCACCAGGAAUGCUUGGAUUUUAACGAGGGAGCGAAAUCCUUCUAUUGAAACUAUGGAAAACGCAUAUAGAACUAUAGACAAAAACUUUAUUAGCAGAGCUUUUUUCAUCAGAACCGAUCAGACCAACUGCCAAGAAGAUAAUUAGUUAACAUGAUUAAAAAUAAAUUUAAGUCCAAAGAAGCGACAUAAUUGUUUAUUAGUGUAAAUAAGUUGUAAUUUAUAUCAUAAAUAUUUAUUUUUAUUACUUCAUUAAAUGAUAUUAUUUUACAAAUGAAUACAAAUUUAUGAAACAAAUGUAUGAUAACGGAUGAUAGAUAAUUUUAAAUCUUAUUGGUCUACUGGUCAACCUCGUACAACUUGUGUGGUUGCUUGAGCCAACAAUAUCAGGUUAAUUUUGAAACAUAAUCAGCAUUGUUCUUGAGAUCAUACUGGCAAACACACAUUUAAUAGAUGACUUCUUACAAACGAUAAAAAUAAGAAUCACUAAUAAAAACUUUUCAAAAAAUAAGCAAUUCAAAAGCAACUGCAACAAUUGACAAAAUAUGAAAACUCACAUGACCAAAUCAUAAUUAUAUUGUUAGAACAAAGAAUGUUCACGGUCUAUUAUUGUACAAUAGAAAU